AUGCUCCACAUCUGCGAUAAUCCUCACGUGCAAAUGCGCGAAGAUGACGCAUAUUGGGUAGUUCGCAUCUUGCGACCGCUGCUUGAUUGGUUUUUAUGGUGUCGGAACCCGCCAGACUCCAAGAUCGCGUUUUCUGUAACGAGGCGACGCCGAGACGGUUGGUUAAAUGGGAAGCCGAAUGGGUGGUUCAAGUUAAGGAAGCAGUCGAGCACAUGCCUACGGAUAGAAGAGAUAAUUAAGGAUUGGGGGUACAAGCUAUUGCAUAGAGGAUUGUAUGCGUAUAUCAGCAACUCAGAUAUAUUAAGAGUGAAUCGGGGACCUUCUGAACAGCGGGGUCAGAAAACCAUCUAUAUGGAGCUUCCAUCAGGCUCCUGUUUUCUGUGGAAUGAGCAGAUGACACCCUACCCGGAUUAG